AUGGAGCGCGGGGAGGCGCUGGUGCCCGGCGGGGAGCGGCGCAAGAACGGGCGGGACGGGGCGGCCAGGCUGCCCCUGAGGCCGCAGCCGCCGCGGCCGCGACCGCGCUACCCCGUGGGCGGGCAGGUGGUGUGCCAGUGGGUGCGCAUUGACGCGGGCGGCGGCACCUCGCUGAUCAGCGUGGACCGGCACAAGCUGACGCAGGAGCUGGGGGUGCAGAUGCGCGACCUGCGCCUGCUGGACCCCAAGUCCAGCACCAACCCGUCGGCCAUCCUGCCGCGCGACCGGGCGCUGGUGGUCGCUCUGGAGAGCAUCAAGGCCGUCAUCACGCAGAACUACGUGAUCGUGAACAACCCGGGCGGGGAGGGCGCCGCGCCGCUGGUGCGCGAGCUGGAGGCGCGCCUCGGGAAGACCGCGACGGGGACGAUACUCGGCGACCUGGUGGCGAUGCGCGGCCUGUCGGCGGGCGGCGGGGCCAACGGCAACGGCUGCAGGAGCCCCGACGGGUUUGAUGGGUUCGAUGGGGAGCAGCAGGGCGACGUGACGUACGCCAUGAAGUCCGCCACGCCCUUCGAGCUCAAGGCGCUGGAGGUCUGCCUCGAGUCGAUUUGCUCCACCUUGGAUGAACUGACCACUGAGCUGGAAGCAGUUGCCUUUCCAGCCCUCGAUGCUCUCACUGUUCAGGUCACAACCCACAACCUUCAACGAGUACGUUCAUUGAAGAGCAGGAUGGUUCGGCUCAAGACCAGGGUUGAGACGGUGCGAGAGAUGCUUGAGAAGUUCCUGGAGGACGAUGAUGACAUGCGGUCACUGAACUUGACAGCCAAACAGCAAGCUGGCCUGUCUGCACGCAAACAGAACCGCAGCAGCAUGUCACACCAGCGACGGGUGUCAGAUGACUUCAAGGAGAUGGCCUCGGACACCGAUAGUCAGGACGAGGACCUGCAGGAGGUGGAGAUGCUUCUGGAGGCGUACUUCAUGCAGACGGACAACACGCUGAAUCGGCUCCAAACGUUGUGUGAGUACAUUGACGACACUGAGGACUACAUUAACAUCGAGCAGGACAAGCACCGGAACCAGCUGCUGCAGCUGGAGCUACUCAUGUCGGCUGGGACUUUUGCACUGGCCUUCGUUGCAGUGAUUUCUGGAAUUUUCGGCAUGAACCUAAAAAAUGAUGAUGAAGGGGACAACACCACCUUUAUUCUGGUGAGCGUCAUCAGUUCGAUGGGUGCAGUGGUUAUCUUCGCCCUCCUGAUCCUGUUCUGCCGGUGGAAGGGCUUGAUGUUCAACUGA